GGUGGGAGGUGAGGGACAGCGUGCGAGAAUGGAUCCGCUGUCGGCUCUUCGAGAGUUCACAAUGAGAGGAGAGGUGGAGAGAAUAGUGCGUGUGAACGGCGAGUUCCGAUUCGGAGAGGAGUACACGUUCCCAUGCUGGGUGGAGACCGCGUACCGUUCCACCAAGGGCAACCGCUACACCCUUGAAACCCUAGUCCACUACGUGAAAAACCACCAUCUCAAACACACCGAGUACAUCCAGAACACCUUCGCCGUCGGCAUCCCCUCCGUCACCCUCCCCGACCGCAAGCCCCUCCUCCAGUACCUCCAGGGCACCCUCGCCUCCACCGACUCCAUCGAGUACCGCCCCGAGGACCCCCCCUUCGCCCCCAAAUCCCAGGCCCAGGCCCAGGCCCAACCCCAGCCCCAGCCCCAGGAACUGGACCUCAUGUCCAUGAUCCGCUCCGUCGAGAGGCCCCUCAAGGACCGCCAGGCCCUCCUCGAGUGCAAGAAUCGCGACUUCUACACCGUCCUCGUCUCCGCCACCAAACGCGAGGAGGAGCGCCAGCGGAUCGACUCCCACCAGCGGAAGGACGGCCUCGUCGCCAAGAGCCGCUUGACGGGCUUCUCCGACGGGACCGCCGCCUUCUCCGACGACAUGGGCCCCUACGACCCAACUCCCAAGCCCAAAAUGCACCUCAAGGGCUCUAAGAUCGGGGAAGGCGUCCCCAUUAUCCUUGUCCCCAGCGCCUUCCAAACCCUAAUCACUAUCUACAACGUGAAGGAGUUCCUUGAGGACGGUGUUUAUAUACCCACGGAUGUCAAAGUCAAGCAGAUGAAAGGUGCUAGGCCCGAUUGCGUCACUGUGCAGAAGAAGCUUAGUAGGGAUAGGGUUGUAACCGCUUACGAAGUCAGGGAUAAGCCCUCUUCGCUCAAACCCGAGGACUGGGAUCGUGUCGUCGCUGUUUUCGUUUUGGGCAAGGAGUGGCAGUUUAAGGAUUGGCCUUUCAAGGACCAUGUUGAAAUUUUCAACAAAAUUAUUGGAUUUUACAUGCGAUUUGAAGAUGAUAGUUUGGAGUCGGCGAAGAAUGUGAAGCAGUGGAAUGUCAAGAUUGUCUCGAUUAGUAAGAACAAGAGACAUCAAGACAGGGCUGCUGCGCUUGACGUGUGGGAGAGACUGGAAGAUUUUGUACGCUCUCGAUCGCAUUCUUGAUUUGUACCAGAUCAUGGGCGUGCGUAAUUUUGAUUGAUUUGCUGGAUGUAGAGACUGACUUGACUCAGAGUUCUAGCUUGAUUAUUUAUUUUUUUUGUUAUUCUUCCUGAGAUGUGGUUCGAGGGAGAGAUUCAAAUUCUUUAAUUACGUGGUUCAUGGUGUACUACAUAUUUUAUUCAUCUGUUCUGCUCUGUGUAUACGUGGAAGUCAUGCUAGUCUGCCACUGCAUCUGGUUCCGUAAUUGAAGCCUGUUGAAUUCACUUGCUUUGUUUAGUAAUCACUUGAAGAUGGGACCUGUUAAUUGGUUUGGGUUUAUUGUUGGCAGCUUUGUGAGGAUUAAUGUGUAAAUGAGCUCUUAUGUUCUUAACUAUUUCAUGUCUAAGAAAAUUAAAGAAAAUCAUUUCAUUCACAUAUCAUGGAAAUUAGUAGAAAAUUAACUGA